GCGCCCAACGACGGGCAGGACGCAAUUUCUUCCUGUAUACUCGCACAGCUUACAUUCUACCGUCGCUCUCCUGCCAGGGCGCAAGCGCGAAUCCUCGUCCAGGUCCAACCCUGUGAUCUCCGGUUGCAGCCUCCUGACCAGCUGCAAUCGGGAGGGAUGCCCCGGCCACGAUUACUGAUAUCUCUAUGUAUCACUUUCCAUGAGCCAUUGGACCCCUGUUUCUCUAUGGAUCAGAAAUCCUUCAAAGAAUCUAUCCCCACAUAUCACACGGGGGGUAGUGUCGGAGGCAGCUUUUCUACCCGCCUAAAAAAUCUUGAAGAAACCCUAGGUACAUGGCAGAAAUAUUUUAAGACCAUCUUUUCAAUCCAAAUCGCCAAACCGUUAACGAUGAAGCAGGAAUUCGAUAUUGCUGGCAAGUAUGACGUGGACCCUCUGGAGAAGUUUGCAAAGCUAUCCUUUCCAGGCAAGGAUAUUUGCCCACCUAUAGAUGACUUCUGCUUCGUGAUUUCGAAGCUCUACAGUUCGGAUCGACCGGGUCAUUCGGAAUUUCGCAACAUCGUUGGCCACAUUUCCCUUCGGCACAUGAAAGAUCUCGUCCAAGGACGAAAUUUUGUACGGGUGCUUGAUGAUGUUGCCGGGUUUGGGAAGUAUCUUCUUUUACUUUUGAUUAAAGAACACAAGGUGGCAUACUUUCGUGCGAUAUGUAGAAGCUGUCGAGCGAGGCCACUCCUGCCUGCCCAACCUUUCUGCCCCUGCUAUGGUGAGAGGUUCUGGUACCGGGAUUGA